UCACUCGGGAGCGGGGAUAAAGCUCUCCGGCCGCAGUCCAAGAGAGGAGCGAGGACACUGCCCGGAGAGUAUAGUGGACUGUCCGGCUCCGGGACACUCACCGUGGGCAGGGCCGCCCCUCGCUGCGCCCCAGUCCCUGGGAGCCAAGGUGCCCUCACCCUAGGAAGGCCGCGCCGGGACACACCAUGCCCCAGAACGUGGUCCUCCCUGGCCCUGCACCCUGGGGGUUCAGGCUCUCAGGGGGCAUAGACUUCAACCAGCCUUUGAUCAUCACCAGGAUUACUCCAGGAAGCAAGGCGGCAGCUGCCAACCUGUGUCCUGGAGAUGUCAUCCUGGCUAUUGAUGGCUUCGGUACAGAGUCUAUGACUCAUGCUGAUGCACAGGACAGGAUUAAAGCAGCAGCACACCAGCUAUGUCUCAAAAUUGACAGGGCAGAAACUCGCUUAUGGUCUCCACAGGUAUCUGAAGAUGGGAAGGCUCAUCCUUUCAAAAUCAACUUAGAAUCAGAACCACAGGAUGUGAACUACUUUGAACACAAGCACAAUAUUCGGCCCAAACCUUUCAUAAUCCCAGGCCGAAGCAGUGGAUGCAGUACUCCGUCCGGUAUUGACGGUAGCAGUGGACGUAGCACCCCUUCUUCUGUCAGUACUGUUAGUACUAUUUGCCCAGGUGACUUGAAAGUUGCUGCUAAGAUGGCCCCUAACAUUCCUUUGGAAAUGGAACUUCCUGGUGUGAAGAUUGUACAUGCUCAGUUUAAUACACCUAUGCAGUUGUACUCAGAUGACAAUAUUUUGGAAACACUUCAGGGUCAGGUUUCAACAGCUCUAGGGGAAGCACCCCCAAUGAGCCCAGAGUGCUUUGUGUGUGCUGACUGCAACCUCAACCUCAAGCAAAAGGGCUACUUCUUCGUGGAGGGACAGCUGUACUGCGAAACUCAUGCAAGAGCCCGCACGAGGCCCCCAGAGGGCUACGACACAGUCACUCUGUAUCCCAAAGCUUAAGUCUUCUGCAGACCAGAGCACGCACGCCCUCACUCACACGCACUUACACAGGAAGACACUAAUGACUCUGGGCAGGAGUAUAGCAAAGUGUUGAGUCCAAAUCUAAAACCAAGGCUUUCAGAUGUUUAUCUUAUUGUGUACUGAGGAGAAGCAAUGGGAGGCAAAGGCCUGCUGUAACAGAAACAUACAUUCAGCUAUGUUUUGCAAACUCUUCUUCUCUUUGGGGCUAGCAAAAACUUCAUGACAUUUAAGCCAAUAAUUUUUUUGGAUGUCAUCCUCCACGAUUUAAAUUUAUAUUAUGACCAUCAAACAUGUAAACAUCAAGAUAUCUGGAGGAGUCUAACUGUCUUUCCUUAACAAGCUGAUUUUGCAAUUGUAGUAAAUACCCAAUGAUAAUCUUGUAUUCUAACACAGCCUGCAGUUGUCUGUUAUCUGCUUUAACUCUCACAGUGCAUGUCAGGGAGAAAUUCCCUGGAUUCUCCUCUAACUUCAUAUUCAACAAUUAUACCACCAGAUGCAACAUACAUAAUAAACACAUAAGACAUUUUAAAAAUA